CCUCUGAGGGGGGCCGUUGAUCCCGGUUGGGAGCUUUUUGUGGCGGCAUUGCUCCCAGCCUGGGGUUCUUGGGGCGGGGGGAGGCGUUGAUCCUGGUGGGCGGCCCCGAGUCACUAGGAGCCCAGGUCUUUAACAGGGCCAGAUUGUCCCCAUCGAGCUGUUGGUCGCUGCCUCCCGAGAAUGUGGCGCCGUUGUCAGCGGCUGUUCUACGCCUGGCCGCCCCAGACCCCACGGCUCUGCCCGACUCCUCCCUUUGGGGGCCCCAGGCUUUCACUGCCGGGCACGGCACGGACAUACACCCCGCCGACAGAAAGGAAGAGGUUUUACCAGAACGUUAGCAUCUCCCAAGGCGAAGGUGGCUUUGAAAUAAACCUGGACCACAGGAAGCUGAAAACGCCCCAGGCCAAACUCUUCACUGUCCCCAGCGAGGCCCUGGCUAUUGCUGUUGCUACGGAAUGGGAUUCCCAGCAGGACGCCAUCAAGUCCUACACCAUGCAUCUGACCACAUUGUGCAACACAGUUUUGGACAACCCAUCUCAGCGAAACAAAGAUCAGCUAAUCAGAGCAGCUGUGAAGUUCCUGGAGACAGAUACUGUCUGCUACAAGGUGGAGGAGCCAGCCGGCCUAGUAGAACUGCAGAAGAAUGAAUGGGAUCCCAUGAUCGAGUGGGCUGAGAAAAGGUACAACGUGGAGAUCGGCUCCUCUACUAGCAUCCUGGGACCCAACAUCCCAGCCAGGACCAAAGACACUUUCACCAGCCAUUUGGCAUCUUACAACACGUGGGCACUGCAAGGUACUGAGGACGACUUAUCUGGUGUGUCCGUCCCUCCAGGGUACACGAAGCACCGUUCGCAUAUAUGCCUUUUCCUCUCAGAGCAGUGAUUUCGGUCCAAAAUGUAGGCUCUGUUACCAAGAAAAGAGGUUUGAAACCCCAAGUGCACAGAAACGAUUUUAUGGUUUCGUGACUUCCCACCCCCAGUAAAUGAAAACCCCUUGAGUUUAGAUUUAAAAUGUAAGAGCUGUGGUUAUUGGCAGCCCAGCUGUUCUACUCUUGUGCAACUGAACGAGAUCCAGAAAGUGAAUGUGACUGGAAACGAAGGUGAAACUAACUAAUCAGUUCUCAUUGCUCAUCCUCCUUGAAGCGCAAGAUGCGAAUAAACAGCAAAAAUGGUGAAAAGUGCCCAAGACUUUAAAAAUUCUUUCAGGUCAAUGGUAAAUAUUUUAAAAUGGAUUUUUACCCCGACACAUCCCCUCUUUAUUCCUUGUGUCAUUCUCCUUUCAAAAUAAAGAUGUUUUAAACAAAGUAGACUAGAAACCCACCGGAAUCCCUGGCUACCUCGUCAGAAGACAAUGAGAGACACCGAAUUCCUAGUAGAAAAGUGUGCUCCCUGUUCUGAUUUCAGGGCCUCCAAUCCUUCCUGCAAACAUUUCUGAUCACCUUUUGUUUACAGCUUCUGUUUGGGGUAAGGUCAGGGGUGCUUCUUUUAGUUGGUAUUUUGGCACGUCUGUCUUCAGCUGGGGAAAGCAAGGCCCCAGGCCCCAGCUGUUAUAUUCCUGGGCAGUCAGUUGACUAUUGAUCCCAAAUCUGGCCUUGACUCUAGCUGAUCACUUAGCUUCGAUUGAGCAUGAUUCAUGCUGCUUUGUCUCCCCGCUUUGCCCUGUACAUGGGCCUGAUUGUCAGUGGUGCUCAGCACCUCCAGCUGUCACAAAUGCUCAUCAUCUCUGCAGAUCAGGCCCCUUUUUCUCUCUCUCCCUCUCCUAGACGGUUGUGUGUGUUCUCUGAUCUCAUCCCCAGCUCUUUAGCGGUAAGAGGUGAGCUCUGCCAUCCUGCAGAAGGGAAUCCUUCCACAUUUGUAUCCAGUGGUGUGGCGUUAUUACGUUAUAAGGGUGUGUUUCAGAAUGAGAGAAAGCGGUUUGCAGUCAGAGAUGCAGCCAUUUGCAUCAAAGUAACAAUGGAUCCUGAUUAGCAACAGAAAUUUCAUGUGUUUAUUAACUGUGGACUUGACUCUGUAGAGUGCAUUGAUCCAAGGUGUGGGGGAUCAUCUACCCGUCUGAUCCUGCUGAACAUGUUAUGCCUGGGCUGCACCUUCAGAAGGUGUGAAGAUGCCGAUGUGAUUUUGUAUAACUAACUGUGGUUCAUGUUUGAUAUUUUCCCCCCUCCCAGGUAUAGAAUAUGUGAUUGCCCAGUUGAAAUCUCUGAUUCUGUCCAUGGGAGUGAUUGACAGACACAUUCCGGUA